AUGUCGUGCUGCGUUCGCCGCGCGGCCGUACAGACUAUCGCCAUGACUAUUGAGCCAGUGAUCCAGCCCGCAGAUGCCGCCGAGCAAUGGGCGCAAACGGACUGUUCGACAGAUCCCAAGCAGUAUAGCAGCCGACACGUACACAGCGGUUCUGGAUGGCCGCCAGGCUUGAACCACUUCACUAUCGAGCCCAAUAUUGAGUGCCAGCAAGGUCAUUAUCCAUCUCAGCAUUAUGUUACCGGACUUGAACCGACUGUGGCUGAGUUCCACGCUCACUCAAUACACCAAAAGUCCGAGGAGGGUACGUGGGAUACCCAUCUUCAACACAUUCACAACAAAAGUCACCAUGAGAACGAACUCGACACGCACACUCAUCAGGAACCUCAGACCACCACCUCUAUCGCCGCAUACCCUCUCCCACACGCUCCCCCAUCAGCUCCAACCUCAACUCCCAUCAACCACCACCUCGCCGCCCUCCGUCAACUCCCCCUUCAAAUCAACCUACCACGGAACCUUCACCCCCCACCCCCCUCAACAGACUCCAAUUACCCGCCCCGAAAACCGCACGAAACACACUCCAUCCCCGCAACACCAUCCUUCACCGCAGCGCAACGCAAUCUCAUCCUCAAGGCGUGCGAAAUCACAGUCGCCAUAGCAAGCGCCGGCGCCGACGGCACGUCCUCGAGCCCACAGGCAAUCGAUAGCGAGCUAUACGCCUUUGUGGAACAGGCCUCGGUGGUGCUGAGAGAAGCUACAUUGCCGAGAGCAGAGGGUGAUAUAUGGUGUUUGGCUGAUAGGGGGCGUCCUGGGAGUUGUAACGCGUAUGGUGGAGAUACGUGUUGGAUGGGAGACGCGGGACGUGUGGUGAGCAACUAA